AUGUUGUCACAAAGUAUCAAUCCAUUUAUCCCCAUUAAGCUUACCAACAGCGUGACAUUACUGAUCGUUAACCCCGCACUAUACGGUGUGUUUUCAGGCAACCAGGUACAAGAAAAGGCAGAAAGUGAUGGUGAACAGCAAGAGCUACAAAGUUUCGGGCCGAUAAAAGAAACUAAUGUGGUUUUUUUGCCUUUGUUUUGGUGGAACCCGUUCACCCUCAAGGUUGAAAUGAUUAAACAAAAGCCUCAGCAGCAGCAAACAGAAGCUGAGCAGAAAAGCAAUCAAGAAGCAGUUCAAGAGCCCGCAUCAACAAAUGUGGUUAAAGCUACUGUUAUUAACAUUCCGCUCUGCGUAGUUGCUUAA